GGACCGCCUGCAGCAUGGAGCAGUUCCCUGGUUGCUGGGUCCGCUGUGGCAAUACCGUAGUGUCAUUGCCGUGGUGUUUCGCCUGAGGUGGCGGUCAGCCGUCGGCCUCCAUGUCCCAAGCAGGAUUUGUUCCGCAGCAUGGAAAGCAGCGGUCAGGGUGCGUCAAUUUGAUUGAUGAGCUAGGGCCAUUCCUUGAGCCCAAGACAUCAUGCAAGCAUCGGCAGAUGACGCUGAGGAUUGUCGAUUGUGCCACUGUGUGCGUUUGCAUAGUGAAAUGCCUCAUACUUGUUGUAGUGGGUUUGUUGGGGUCUGCAAGGGACCCGUCAGGCCGUCUGCACUGGCGGCGGUGUCCUUCGGCGCGUUCUCAUGCAACGUUCCAUGCCGCAAUCAAUAUCCAUGGAUUAUGACGAGUGUGGCCGUCUUGUCUCGAGAUCGUCGAAACGGGAAAACAGUGUAAAGUCCGGGCGGGAGUGGACAGCCAAUUGCGGGACUAGCCGAGCC